AUGGUCACUCUCAGGCUCCAAAAGCGUCUUGCAGCAAGUGUUCUCAAAUGUGGAAAAAGACGUGUAUGGAUGGAUCCAAACGAAAUUCAAGAAAUUUCCUUACUCACCCUUAAAGGAGAUGAAUAUUUUUUUCAAAUUUUAAAAUUCCAAUUUGAAAAUAUUUGAAAAAGAAAGUAUAAUUUAAUUUAUCAAUAAUAAAAAUUUCCUUAAAUUUAAUAUUAUUUUUUGCAUGCAUUUUGAAUUUUUUCACACGUACAUGAUUUUCAAUGUGUACGAGCCUAUCCAAAAUGCAUUAAAUAGAUAAUAUAAGCAGAUAUCUCAUUAUAGCAAUUAUUGGCUAUAGAAAUUUCCCAUAGAUGGCGCUGUUUGCCCUUGAUUUACCCACUGGGGAAAUUUUUUGGUUCGACCAGUCCCAUAUGGUUUGGUCAAACCAAAAAAUUUUUUUCAUGGGCAAAUCAAGGGUAAACAGCGCCAUCUAUGGGAAAUUUCUAUAUAUAAAAAAUAUUUUUUUUAUAGAAACAAUUGAUAUUAAAAAUUUUUUUGCUCACUCUCUUAAAGGAAGGGCUAGCCAACUCUAGACAAAACAUUCGCAAACUCGUAAAGGAUGGCUUCAUCGUAAAGACUCCUCAAGCAAUUCACUCACGAGUCAGGGCUAAUCUCUUUAAAGAAAGUGUUAAAAAGGGCAGACAUACCGGUCUUGGUAAAAGAAAAGGUACCGCAGAGGCCAGAAUGCCAGAAAAGAUCAUGUGGAUGAGGAGACAAAGAGUUUUAAGAAGACUUUUGAGGAAAUACAGAGCCAGCACAAAGAUUGAUAAGACUUUAUACCACGACUUCUAUGUUGGAGCUAAAGGAAACAUGUACAAGAACAAGAGAGUUCUUAUGGAUUCCAUCUUCAAAGCUAAAGCUAAUGCCAUAAGAGAAAAGAAUUUGAAAGAGCAACAGGAAGCUCGUAGACAAAAGAGAACAAAGGCUUAA